AUGUCUUUCCGUGGAGGUGGUCGUGGCCGUGGUGGCUUCGCUACUGGCGCAAAUCGGGGAGGUCGUGGAGGCUACCAGCAGUCUUACGGCCCUCCUGCUGAAGUUCUAGAAAUGGGAUCUUUCAUGCAUGCCUGUGAGGGUGAGAUGGUCUGCGAAUCGAUCAACCCGAAGAUCCCAUAUUUCAACGCUCCGAUCUACCUCGAGAACAAGACACCCGUCGGAAAAGUCGACGAAGUGCUCGGUCCGAUCAACCAAGUUUACUUCACCAUCAAACCCCAAGAAGGAAUCGUUGCGACAUCUUUCAAGUCUGGAGAUAAAUUCUACAUCGGAGGAGACAAGCUUCUACCCUUAGAGAAGUAUGUCUACAAUAUCAAUCAUUCCUAUUCCGAUCAUCGAUCUGAUUCCUUCCCAAGCCCAAGGCACCUCCCGGUAGCAAAGUUAGAAAACCAGCAGGAGGUAGAGGAGGAGCCCCCCGAGGUGGUCGUGGAGGACGAGGAGCACCAAGAGGUGGUGCUCGUGGUGGACGUGGAGCCCCUGGUGGCUUCCGCGGUAGAGGUGGUGGUGCCGGUGCCCCUCGAGGCCGUGGCGGCUUCUCACGAGGAGGAUUUGGAGCUCGUGGAGGCUCUCGCGGUGGCUUCCGUGGACGUGGUUACUAAUUUAUUCACACCAUUUAUCUUCGUAUACGCUUCAAUUACAACAUUUCUCGUUCAAUUUGUUCCGUCUAGCGAUAUCAUGUCUCGCAGAAACCCAAGCCAUUCGGCGCCAGAGCCCAGUAUUGCCAACGGUGUAGGCGGAGAUGUCAGUCAAGAGAAACAGAAAUCGCUUCUCCAAGCCGACACAGGGCAUUUCACCAUGGUUAGGACCUUGCACCUCGCGGAUCUUAUCACGGAAUUAAAUGGCUUCUGCGGAUUUAUGUCGGUCCUGUCCUCGAUGCGAUACUUGUCCGAGCCGGAAAGGCUCAAUAACAUCUGGUUUGCGCUUGCGUUUAUGCCGUUCGGUCUCUUCUUCGACUUUAUGGACGGACGAGUUGCAAGAUGGCGCAAAAAGUCGUCUUUGAUGGGUCAAGAGCUGGAUUCCCUGGCAGACUUGAUCUCUUUCGGCGUUGCACCAGCGGUAGCAGCGUUUGCUCUCGGAAUGCGAACUUUCGCCGAUCACCUGUUCUUGAGCUUCUUCGUCCUUUGUGGCUUAACCAGAUUAGCACGCUUCAAUGUCACAGCUGCCGUUCUGCCCAAGGAUAAGAGCGGAAAGUCGAAAUACUUCGAAGGCACCCCUAUACCUACGUCGCUCUCCAUUGCGAGCCUUAUGGCCUACUGGGUUUCCCAAGGCUGGAUCCACGAGAACUUGCCGUGGGGAACUGUUCUCCAAGAGAGCGUGCUUGAGUUCCACCCCGCAGUAUUGUUGUUUGCGCUGUGGGGUUGUUUGAUGGUCAGCAAGACCUUGCGUAUACCCAAGCCAUGA